CAAGAAAGACUGCAUCUCCCAGAGACCUCUGCGGUGCCGCGAUCGGAAGCGGCGGGCGAGUCGAGUGUCCUUGCGCGAGGAGCCGAAUGACCAUGGUGGUCCGGGUGUGGCCGCUUAUGAGGUUCCUCAUCAAGGGCAGUGUGGCUGGGGGCGCCGUCUAUCUGGUGUACGACCAGGAGCUGCUGGGGCCCAGUGACAAGAGCCAAGCGGCCCUGCGGAAGGCCGAGGAGGUGGUCCCCUCAGCCAUGUACCAGUUCAGCCAGUACGUUAGUGAGCAGACAGGCCUGCAGAUACCCCAGCUCCCAGCCCCUCCAAAGAUGAACUUUACCAUCCGGGAGUCCUGGAAUUCAGGCAUCAUCACGGUGAUGUCAGCUCUGUCGGUGGCUCCUGCCAAGGCCCGUGAGUACUCCAGGAAGGGCUGGGAAUAUGUGAAGGAGCGGACCAAGUGGUGAGACAGCAAGGCUGCUUGCUCCGGUUGGAACAGGGACAGGGACGCCACGGACCUGAAGACUCCAGACUGGGACCCCACUCUGAGGGCAGCUCCCGGCCUUGCCGGCCCAAUAAAGGACUUUGGAAGUGUU